AUGCCGGCGUACGCGGGAUUUGACAGCUUUGCAUCGUCCCGCCGGACGGCCGAAUCGAUCUACUACACCGCGAAGGAGUACGACUCGGCGGAAGAGUCCGACUACGUACGACGUGCGAUCUUCGAGGACGGUCCGAACACCAUCUUUAACCGGCGAUAUGUCGAUCCGUGGGAUAUGGAGAACUAUGUCUACAUUCGCAAACAAGUGAUGGAUCCAACGUCCGAGUCCGAAGUACCGCCAUCGCCUGCCGGUGAACCGAUACAGUCCAAGUUCUACUACGUGCCCGGUGAGCUGAACGGUGAUGGGCUCGAGUGUCGCGAUUGCUCCAGUGCCGAGCUAAUCGAUCCAGAGUUCGAAACCGACGCACGGGAGGAAGAUCUGGAACGUCAGAGUGGCGUGCUGCUGCCGGAGGAUGAACUCGACGGGGAAUCGCAUCAUCACCCGAUGGAGGAGCGUCCAAGCGAGAUGGAGGAGGACGAGGAGGAAGAGGAGGAGGAGGAGGAGCUAAACGCCGAAGAUGACGAGGACGGAUUCUACACCGAACGUUACGAUACCGUUAUGGACGAGGAUAGCAUCGGAGGAGAUGAACAUGUCUACAGCUCCUACACAGAUCUGGAAACCUCAUCGACAGAGCAGCCAAGCUCGUGUGAUAGUUCGAUGUCGGCGCUGCGACUCCAUACGCCCGGUUUUGGCAAGAGCGCUUCCAACAGGCGCCCCAUAGUGCUGCCCAAACCGUUACCACAGCUGGAGUUUCCCGGCCCACCGUCGUACGAGUAUUACGAGCCAAGCUGCUGCUAUAUGCCACUGCCACCGCCCCCACCACCGCCGCCUCCGCCGGCACACUUCCUCCACCACCAUCAUCAUCCACAUCAUCAUCACCCGGGACAUCCGGGUCUGCCGCACGGACCACCACCGUCCGUGACUGGGACGAUCCUGUCCGACCAUCACAACUACUACACGCUGAACGAUUGUCUCGAGUGUGCCCGGCAGGAGGCGGAACAUGUGCCGCUGUACGCCACGACCAGCAGCGGUGGGUUGCCCGGUACGGCCGGUGGCAGCCCGACGAGGCGGCGGUCCCGCAGUGUCAGCGUCGUCAGCCAGAGUAUGAGCCUUGCUAGGCGCCCGAGCCAGAUGCUGGAUCCGGCCACCGCGAUUGCGAUCGCAGCGACCAACGCUAACGUAUGUUACACACCGCAACAUUUCAGCUUAAGCAAAAAGGGUCUGCUGCAGAUCGAUUACUCCUGCAACUGGAACAACCUCGAUCGAUAUAUCGCCAAAUAG